AUUAAGUUGUCUACAUUGUCUGCUACUGUUUCCAUGUGUUUAUCUUUAUCCUUUUUCUUUAGAUUCUCUAUUUCCUCAUUAGCUUGAUUUUUAAAUGCAUUUCCGAGCAGCGGCCUGUAGGCGGCAGCAAAGCUCCGUCAGGGAGAAUCCCCUGCUGUGAACAGACCGUAGAAGAAGAGGAGGACUGUUUGGAUGGAGGACCAGAAGAAAUGGCGAACACUUACAGAAUGCGUGUUAGUCAGAGAAGAAGAAGAACAGAGGCUGAAACCUGAAAUCUCACCUGAAAGAACCAAAACUAAGUUUAACAAAAGCAAAGACAUGCGUCGCCAUGGGAACCAGUUUGAGAGGAAGUGUGUUCAGGAGCUUUGGAUAGAGACGGACAUCAGACUGAUGAUGAGUCUCCGUCUCCACAGUGACGGACAGAGACAUCAGGCUGAUGAUUCAUCUUCGUGCCACCAACGCAGCCAUCUUCACCGGGAGGAGGAACUCCGCCAUGAGAGGCUGGAGCUGUCCCACAGCUGCAUCAUGUCCCGUCACAUGACUGGUAACAGGCUGUGCUCUUGCUGCAGGGCCAUCAGGAAGGAGAUGGGGCUGCAGGGGAUGAUGUCAGCGAGGCAGCUGAAGAAGAAGUGGGACAACUUGAAGGAGAAGUACAGGGUGCUGAAGAACCCUCCGGAGGGCAUGGAGGACUUGACCAGGCCCAGCUCGUGGCGCUGGUUCCACCUGAUGGACGAGGCCAUGAGCGGCCGCCUGGCAGGGACCGCCAGCGUAGUGCAGCCGUCCCUGCUGGACGAGGACGAGGAGCACACCUCAGACCUGCCGCCGCUCAGCCCUCCCAGCACCAGAGAGGCUUUUUCUUUUCCUGGACUCAGUGUUGUUGAAAGGGGAACCGUGGAGGAGGGGGGGGCGCUCGGGGGGGGGCUGGAGAUCAGUGGGAUCAAAGCAGAGAACAGAGCUGAGUCACCUGCUGCUGCAGCCGGAGGAGACAGAGAGGGUCUGAGAAGCCCUGACGUUCAGCCUGUGAUGGGCCAAAGCCAGACCGCCCUGCUGUACGCCACGUUACCGCCGGACACCGGCAACACGCCGUGCUCCUCCAGAGACCUGGUCAGAGAGGCCGCCGAGCUGGACAGGAAGCUGUGUGAGCUGCAGAGGGAGAGAGAGGCUCUGGAGAGAGAGCAGGCCGAGUUCGACAGAGAGCUGAUCGCUCUAGAGAGAGACAGAGAGCUGCUGAACAGAGACAUGGCCGCUCUGGAGCGGGACAGGACGGCUGUGGACAGAGACCGAGCGGCCGUGGAGAGAGAGCGAGCGUUUCUGGACCGAGACCGAGCGUUUCUGGACCGAGACCGAGCGUUUCUGGACCGAGACCGAGCUUUUCUGGACAGAGACCGGGCUUUUCUAGAAAGAGCCAGAGAGGACUUAGAGAGAGACAGAGCUCUGUUCAGGAGAGAGAGGGAGGGGGAGGCUGUGGACACACAUCAUGCCGAGAUGAUGACGGAGAAGGAGGUGGUACUUCAGACCAGGUUCUACCAGAGUCUGAUGGCCUCAGAUCUGGACCCAGACCAGCUGGAGACCAGACAGAGACUGGUGUCUUUGUUCCAGAAGCUCGUUGAGAAACUGUGAGUGGAGGGUGUUUCCAUGUGUGUUGUAUAGAAGUGAUGAAACCCUCCCAAAGAUCUGGACCUGAGCCGCUUCUGGUGGUCCGGUCGUCCCUGGUGUCAAUAAAGACUCAGCACUCCUGUCCCGAACUCAGGAACAGGGUUUUUAUUGGGCCUCUCUUAAAACAAAGUUCUGUCUUGUUCCCAGUGAUUCAUUGAGUGAUGCUGUGACCUACAGUCUCUUUAGCCUGUAUUAGUCUCCAUGUAGUCAGACUGUCUCAUUACAGCAGCUGAUCACAGCUGAAUCAGCUGAUCACAGCUGUCUGCAGUGUAUCAUGAUGUUCUGUUUUACUGUGAUACUGAAGGAAACUUAUGGAGAUCUGCAGGUAGAAGCUUUUUUCUCUCCAGUUUCCAAACAGAUUCAUGGAGCUUCAUUCAUGAUUGACAUCAGAGGUAGAAAAGAAAACCUCUGACUCAAGUGAACGAGAGGGAGACUAAAAACAUCCAGUGGUGAUCUGUCAGCGUGAAUUAAAAGGAAAUAAAUCUGG